CUCUGUAAAUUCUCUUACGAAUCUAGAGAGAUAAAGAGCUUCUGCAUUCGCCGGAAAUGCUGGUGGCGUUUCAAAUUCCGGCGAGGAUUGUCAGCUGGUAACGAAGUAUAGUGUCCGUACCGUACGAAUUACGAUCAUCCUCUUUAGGAAAAUGCCAGAGCCAGUGAUGUUAUUUGCCGAAGAUAAGAAGAAGAACGAAGAGAAGAUUGUGCCGGUGAUGAUUCCUCCGGUGUCCGCGGUUUGUCGCAGCCGAUCUCAGGCGGCGACUCGAAGAGUUACACCAACCGUCACUGUCUCCGACGACGCCGGCGCAGUCACUUUAGAGAAACGUCUUCCGAAUGGAGAUCUAUACAUAGGAAGCUUCUCAGCAAACGUACCGCAUGGAUCGGGGAAGUAUUUGUGGACCGACGGUUGCAUGUAUGAAGGAGAUUGGAAGAGAGGAAAGGCAUCAGGUAAAGGUAAGUUUUCUUGGCCAUCUGGUGCUACUUAUGAAGGUGAGUUUAAGUCCGGUAGAAUGGAAGGAUUCGGUACUUUCAUCGGUUCAGAAGGCGAUACUUACCGUGGUUCCUGGACUGGUGACCGUAAACAAGGUUACGGCGUUAAACACUACGCUAACGGAGACUAUUACGAAGGAUCCUGGAGAAGGAACUUGCAGGACGGCCAUGGAAGGUAUGUUUGGAGUAAUAGAAACGAGUAUGUUGGAGAAUGGCGCGGAGGUGUUAUCAAUGGAAGAGGGACUCUUAUUUGGGCGAACUGUAACCGUUACGAUGGAAAUUGGGAAAACGGAGUGCCGAAAGGGAAUGGCGUGUUUACUUGGCCAGACGGAAGUUGCUAUAUCGGGUGUUGGAAUAAGGAUAUUAACAAUGGAAAUGCAUUGAAAGAAUCUAAUGGAACCUUUUAUCCAGGAAGUAAUACGGCUUCAAGUGAAGAUCUGAAGAACAAUAAAAGUAAUUUUGGCCAUAAAUUUGCAUCGCCGUUGUUGGAUGAAUCGAGAGGAAGCUCGACGGAGAGAAGUUUCCCGAGGAUAUGCAUAUGGGAGUCGGAUGGAGAAGCUGGGGAUAUCACUUGCGAUAUAAUCGAUAAUUUGGAGGUUUCCAUGUUCUAUAGAGACGGCCCUAUAGAUGGAUUUAGACGGUUUCGUAAAAAUCCUUAUAGUUUCGAUGGUGAGGUGAAGAAACCUGGAGAAAUGAUUUCGAAAGAACAUAAGAAUUAUGAAUUGAUGCUGAAUCUUCAACUGGGAAUCAGACAUUCAGUCGGAAAACACGCUUCGAUUCUCCGGGAUCUUAAAGACAGCGAUUUCGAUCCCAAGAAGAAAUUCUGGACGAAAUUUCCGGCGGAGGGUUCUAAGGUUACGCCUCCUCACCAGUCAACAGAGUUCAGAUGGAAAGACUAUUGUCCAAUUGUGUUUAGACAUUUAAGAGAGCUAUUCCAAGUGGAUCCUGCUGAUUACAUGCUAGCUGUUUGUGGAAAUGACGCCUUGAGAGAGCUUUCUUCCCCAGGGAAGAGUGGAAGCUUAUUCUAUGUAACCCAAGAUGACAGAUUCAUGAUCAAAACAGUGAAGAAAUCAGAAGUCAAGGUCCUUAUUAAGAUGCUGUUAAGCUAUUAUAAUCAUGUUUCCCAAUAUGAAAAUUCACUAGUCACCAAAUUCUUCGGUGUCCAUUGUGUUAAGCCAGUGGGUGGUGUGAAGACGCGAUUCAUAGUGAUGGGGAACUUAUUCUGUUCUGAGUAUCGAAUCCAUAGACGAUUUGAUCUGAAAGGAUCCUCUCACGGGCGAACAACAGAUAAACAGGAGGAAGAGAUUGACGAAACCACCACCCUAAAGGAUCUGGAUUUAAACUUUGUAUUCAGACUGCAGCAAAACUGGUUUGAAGAACUGAUGAACCAAAUAGAGAAAGACUGCGAAUUCUUAGAAGCAGAGAGGAUAAUGGAUUACAGUCUGUUAGUAGGUCUUCAUUUCCGCGACGAUAAUAACAAGACAUGUGACAACAUGGGUCUCUCCCCGUUCUUCCUGAGAGGCAGUAAAACCGAUUCAUUUCAAAACGAGAAGUUAAUGCGAGGGUGCAAAUUCCUCGAGGCUGAAUUGCAAGACAUGGACAGAGUAUUGGCUGGCAGGAAGCCAUUGAUAAGGCUAGGAGCGAACAUGCCUGCGAGGGCGGAGCGGAUGGGGAGAAGGAGAAGAAGAAGCGAUUAUGGGCGGGCGUGGUCGAGAAGUGGUGGGGAGAUAAACGAAGUGGUGAUAUAUUUCGGGGUAAUAGACAUUCUUCAAGAUUACGAUAUUAGUAAGAAAAUUGAACACGCAUAUAAAUCGUUACAAGCAGAUCCGAAUUCGAUAUCGGCUGUGGAUCCGAAGUUGUAUUCGAAGAGAUUUAGAGAUUUUAUCGGGAGGAUAUUUGUUGAGGAUGGUUGAGAGCUAGAAGUGGUUUCAAUAAUAUGAAUAAUAAUAAUUGUGAAGUGUACAGAUUAUAGAGGGGGUAAAUAUUAUUGUUACAUUUAUGAAAGAAAGGUGUUAUGUUUUUAUGUAUUAUUAUUAUUAUUGAUGAAAUGGAUGGACCCAAUUUUCAAAU